GCAGGUCCCCCAAGGAGUGAAGAGGGACAGGGAUACUCAGCUCAGUGCCUGGUGAGCUGCCAGUGGCAAUAAAAAAAUAACCGAGGUCAAUAAGGCUGGUGGCAGCAUGAGGUGGGUGGUGGGAUCCAGGGUCCCACUGUGCCUCCCCACCUGGUCACCCACCAGUGGGGCCCCAGGGCAGUGGGGUGCCCUGACCCUCUCGCCCUCCUGCCUGCAGGUCCCCGCCAGCCCAUGCAGUGACUCAGGGGGUGGCACAGCCCCUGCUCCUGCCGUAGCCACCGCUGCCACUCCGGGCACUGAGGUCUGCUGGCCAUGGGCAACCUCAUAAAGGUAUUGGGCAAAGAUUUAGAAAACUGUCCUCAUUUUUUCCUGGAUUUUGAAAAUGCGCAGCCGACGGAGGCCGAGACGGCGGUGUGGAACCAGGUGAACGCGGUGCUGGAGGAGGCACAGACCAUCCUGGCCGAGCUGCAGUCCUACACGGGGGCCGGGCAGGAGAUCCGAGAGGCCAUCCAAAACCCCGGGGACCUGCGGCUGCAGGAGCGGGCCUGGAGCGCCGUCUGCCCCCUCGUUGCUAAGCUGAAACGCUUCUAUGAGUUCUCCCUGCGGCUGGAGAACGCCCUGCGGAGCCUUCUGGAGGCCCUCACCAGCCCCCCGUACGCCCCGACCCAGCACCUCGAGCGGGAGCAAGCCCUGGCCAAGCAGUUUGCUGAGAUCCUUCACUUCACCCUCAGCUUCGAUGAGCUCAAGAUGACCAACCCUGCCAUCCAGAACGACUUCAGCUACUACAGACGGACCAUCAGCCGGAAUCGCAUCAACAACCUGCAGCUGGAUGCAGAGAGCGAGGUGAACAACGAGAUGGCCAACAGGAUGUCCCUCUUCUAUGCUGAGGCCACCCCCAUGCUCAAAACACUCAGCAAUGCCACCACCAAGUUUGUUUCAGAGAACAAGACCCUCCCAAUCGAGGACACGACUGACUGCCUGAGCACCAUGGCCUGUGUCUGCAGGGUGAUGCUGGAGACCCCGGAAUACCGGAGCCGCUUCACCAACACCGAGACCCUCCUGUUCUGCAUGCGGGUGAUGGUCGGCGUCAUCAUCCUCUACGACCACGUCCACCCCGUGGGGGCCUUUGCCAAGACCUCCAAGAUCGAUGUGAGUGGCCAUGGGAUGCAUGGGGGGGCGGGGGUCACACCCAUCCUGCUCAUCCCAGUGUAG